AUCCUUGCCUGGAAAACAACUGUGACGAGUUAUAUCAUUCCUUCCGUGCGGGUUGGUCACGUCAAAACAUUGUUCAUAUUUUCCUAAAUAUGGCCGUCUGUAGUCGUGCGGUGCUGCUAAGGGUGCAGAUUUUUCGCGGAUAAACUGUUAGAGUGAACGGAAUUCGGUAUCGUGUGAUUGCUUAAGAUUAUUGUGCAUCGAAAAGAACGUGUUCGGUCGAGUGUAAUGUGAAGCAGUGCAUUCAUAAAAUAGGAUUUCAUCAUCAGUGUGGAUCUGUGAAGGAUUGCUCUACGCCCAUUUUUCGCAAUCACAUUCCUUUGCAGGACUAAGUCACAUCGAAAUGCAACCGCCACUGCUGUCAUCGUCUUCGGUACCGGCACGGAAAACCAUUAACAGCGACACUCUUCAACGAUAAGAGGAUCCAGAAGAUACAACCAAGAGGAGCAUAGACACGUGCACAUAGCAAUAAACUUACCCGAGAGUUUCCGGAGAAAGCAUCCGCCCAUCCGCCUACACACAAUUCAAUCGAGGCAAAGUUGAACCAGCAACACAAGUCAAGCCCCCAGUGGGGCUAAGUUGUCAACCCCAGGCACCGUCGGCUCGCGUCAAGUGCGGGAAGUUUUGCACUCCAUCGGUAGAAUCAUAUUAUGUACGGCGGUGGGAGCCCCCCAUCGAAACUAACGGGGGGCUCCAUGUCAUCUCGCAGCAAACGCGCUAAGAAGACCUCCUGGGGUGCCCGGGAGCGGGCCGGCAUGAGCUUCCUGAUUGUGAUAGCAUUCUUCGCUAUCUUUGGACUGAUUAUCCUAACCGAGGUGCUGAUGAUUGAUGAUCGAGGCCGAGGCGGAGGAGUCAUCGUGCGGCAUGGUAGCAGUGGGGGUCGAUUCGGAGAAUCCGUUCCCGACUAUGACGAUGUGAAGGAUGACUAUUUGGACGACACUGGCAUAUUUGUGCGGGAAACGAAGUAUGGCAGUUCAGCAAUCAAAAAUAUUUUAAAAAAUCAAAAAGACUCAAAAGUGUCUAUUGGCAUGACCGUACAAUUAGAUCCGGCAGAGCAGCGCAAUCCUCCGGUGAUUCCAUGGGGACAGAUGCUGCCCUCGAAGACGGAGCAAAGCCUUCCGCAGUAUCCGGCCGACAUGCGCCCGACCGAUGGGUCCUGGGAGAUUGUCAACGGAACGCGAUACAAAUUUUUCGUAUUUUCGGCCUACUACGACCGGAGGGAUGGCAAAUUGGUUCGGAUCAUCGGAGCCACCAAAACCCGUGGACCGGAAAAGGUGUGGUGUAGGUUUUGGUACCAGACUGGAGUGAACAGCACCAGAUAUCGAUCUGCUUCCGUGAUGGCAAGGGUGAAGGUUAUUCGAGAGAACUGGAAUUUGAAAUACAGUGCUUGCUUCAUCCUGUGUCCAAUACGAGGCCCAUUCCCAGAGAUUCCGUAUGCCGUUAGUGUAGUUAGUAAAAUAAAAUCUCCACCCGGAAACGUCCUACUGCUCAGAAAUACCGAUAAUGACCCAGAUUUCAACAAUCGCACAUUCAGUAACAUCCCAAACAGCAUUGGCGUUUGUGUGAAACCGUUGCAUUUCAACUACGACCAGGCCCUCUACAUGCUGGAGUUCCUGGAGCUCAACAACCUACUCGGAGUGUCACAUUUCACUUUCUACAAUCACACAAUCGGGCCCAAGGCGAGCUGCAUCCUGCAGCAUUACGUGAACGGUGACCUUCCGCCGUUGAUCACCCCGUUUGUACCGGCCAGGGAUCAAACGAGCAAAGGUUCCACCGAUAGUAAUGACGUACACAACAAAGAGAUGGAUCUUACCAACGCAUCGUUCCAGAAGCCGAAGAUUACUGUAAAUAUUUUGCCGUGGAAUUUGCGGAUGCGAUCCCAGAAGGAGAUACGUACCGAAGGGUUGUUUGCAUCGUUAAACGAUUGCCUAUAUAGGAGCAUGUACAGAUACUCACAUGUUGCACUGAUUGAUUUAGAUGAAUUUAUAAUACCCCAUCACAACGACACUUUGAUCGAUCUUAUCAACUGGCUUUCAAAGCGAAUCAACAACCGAAACACGGGAGCUUACUCAUUUCAGAAUGCAUUUUUCUACCUACAAUUUGCGGACGACGAUUCCAUCUUCGAAGGCGGUUCACCCGAGGCAGAUCUGACAGCUGCCCUAACGACACAGCGAAAGACGAGACGACGCUCGAAACUGCAUCCGCAGAAGCAACGCUCAAAGUACAUCUGCAAACCGGAAGCAGUAAUCGAAGCCGGCAAUCACUUUGUGUGGGAGUUUUGCCCGGGCCGGGGAUCGCUUAAUGUGCCAGCCGAUGCGGCCAUACUGCAUCACUACCGGGUUUGCGAGUUUGGUGGCGAUGAUUGCAUCAAGUCACCAUCGGUAGUAGAUCGAACGGCCCAUCGGUACUCCAAGCGGUUGCUGGACAGGGUCGGUACUGUUUACAACUACCUUAAGGAAACAUGCAAUCUUCCGGAAAUACCACACGGCCCAACGAAACCACCACCGACGCGUAAGAAGCAGCUCAAAAUUCGUAUCCCCGACAGACCGGCGUCCCUGGCAGCAGCCCCCAAGGCUGAUAAUACUGUAGAUAGCAUCAAAACGAACGCUAGUAAUAACAAUAACAACAACAGCAGCAGUAGCAGGAGCACUUUUGCAAGCUCACUGAUCAGAGUGAUUUCGAAUCGACAGGUGUAAUUUAAUUUUUGACGAACGAGGGAAGGAGGUAUUUUUAUACGAUUAUAUUAUUAGAAGAGAGUUCAGAGCAUCACACAAACUCGCAAGUUAGAAACUUUUUUUUAUUAACAUAUUAUACUUAGUCUUUAUGAUAAUUAUCAUCAGUAGCGUAUAGAUUUUUGGGUAAAGCAGAACAAGGAAUCUAACGAAUUGUGACAGCACAAUCUCUCAUUUGUUAUAACUAGCAAUUAAAUCAAAUAUUUACAAAACUACUCCAAGCUUCUAGCCAGGCGGCAGCUGAUUUCGGUAAAAAAGCAAGUUUUGGGCCGACAAUUGCUGCGACUAGGUGCAAUGCUCACUAGUAGAACAUUUUGUAGGAUGGCUUAACAUGAUUCCAUGGCCUACAGUAAUGGCUUCUUAGUUCACUUGUUAUUUUUACCUAUAUCAACACGCUCUUAAUUCAUUUCAAAGUAACGGGAUCGAGUCUAAAGAGUUUGGUAAAUUGCAGUGAAAGAAUUCGAUUUGUUGUGCUAUGCCUAAGUCUAGAUUUUGUGGAACUUAUUGAACAGUAAUCAAAACUAAACAACUUAACAUAGGAGAGACAUAGAAAACCGCAUAUCAAACUAGGUCUUACAAUCCUAGCUCAGUUUUUAGUUGUUUCUCAGAAAGCCAGAUCCGGAAACUGAAGUGGCAAAGGUGCAAGAGGCGCUGUAUGAGGACGAGGAAGCAGGAAAUGUUACUUUAGCUCAAACAAAAUAUUCUAACAGUGGAGUGAACUAUCGAAAUAUAUGAAACGGAGACUACACUACACAACACCGAUAACUAAAUUUAUUACCUACAAGCUACCCAACAUUGAAGUAUGAAUUGAUGCAAUAAAAGUAAAUCAUCAAACAUGGUUUGAAAAACAAGCGAGGAAAUACAUUGGCGGAGAAUUUUAAACGGUGA